AUGAAAAAGGAUAGCCCGAAAGUGAUCAAGUACCGAGCCAUCCGAAGAGUGAAACGAAGUCUCAAACGUCUGGUAGUUAGUAUGAACACCAUGCCAUCUCUAAUACCUCAGAAGGGUAGGUCUGUGGCAAGUAGAGUAACUCGGAUGAUUACAUCGCUGGUGCGAAGAAAUGCCGACGAAAACCCCACUAAUGGGGGAUCAAAAUGGACGGAUACCUACAAAAGUCUUCUCACCAUCAAAAAAGCCCUAGACAAACAGGCAAAACAGCCUGGCGCUAAGGUCUAUGAUUUACGCAUGUUCGAUCUAGUGGUCGGUAACGAUAAACCAACCAGAGCCAAAAAAGAGAAGAGUUUCAUGCCUUCGAUUGUCCAAGAUGCAUACAAGCUGAUUCAUGCCUUCGAACGAAAAUCUAAGGAAGUCGGCGACUCGUCUAACAUCAAAUUUUUGAGCCCUCGGUUCGCCCCUAUAAUGCCCGACAAAGCAGGCAUCAGAGGAUCACUAUCGCCUUCUGUACUAUCGUUCUACAAAGACGACACUGAAGAGCAGCUAUUGCCCAUUCCAAAGCUGCUCGAAGCAACAGGAAUGUCAGAAAGCGAUCGUGAAGAUGUUCUAGAAAUGGUCAUGGAAACCACCGGAGCUCGACAACUCGUCGACGAUGCCAUGAAGACGCUCUCAAGUACAGAACUCUUCAGCAUGCAAGGGGAACUCAAGGAAGUUACAGAACGUAUGACUAGUAUCUUCCAAGACCUAGAGCAGUCUUUCGAUCGAUUGCAAAAGAAGGACAUGAAGAGGAGGGGAUUCACAUUUCUGAAUUCCAAUCAGUUGCAGGAACUCCAUGAAAAUACUGACAUCGUUAAACAUGCUGGAGAAAUCGACUUCGACAUAGAGGAAUACAGCAAGCAGACCCGAAUCGACCGUGAACGAGCGUUAUGGUCACGCAUU